AGGAAGCCCGGGGUUUUCUCUCAGCCUUUACAGGCGGAGCAGGGACAAUAAAUGCGGAAGUUUGUCAGAAGUCACUUUAUCAGCGGAAGAACAAAGCAGCGGUUUGUUGCAUUUCGUAUCUGGAAACCCGACUUUCCCGCUGUCUGACAGACUGAACGCUCCAUCAUGGCCACAUCUGGAGUUUACUCCCCGACAACGGCUCCGAACCCCAAAUCCUCCUGGUGCCUGGUUCCUUCGGAUCAUCUGGACAAAACCCGCUUUGCAGUCAAACUGAUAGAAGUGGUCCUGUCCUUCGUGGCCUUCAUCCUGGAGGAGGUGGUCAGCAGCUGCCUGAGCUGCACCGCUCUCUAUUUCUUUGAGUUUGUCAGCUGCACAGCCUUCCUCUUCACCCUGCUGCUCCUCAUCCUCCUCUCCACCACCCUGCACACCAAGGUCGGCAUCACCUGCUGGCCCAGUCUGGACUUCUUCUACACCGCUGGCAUCGCUGUCUUGUUAUUCAUCUCCUCCUGUGUUUUUGCCUCUGACAACGGCAACACAAACCCGGAGAGAGCUGCUGUGGCUUUUGGCUUCUUGGCACUGGUGGCAUUUGUUGCUGACCUUGCCUUGAUUUGGAAGUGCCUUGGGCUUCCUUGGCAAAGAGGCGGGAACACACAGACCAGUAACGGCGGUCCUGCCCAGCCUACACCGGAGGCGGAGCAUCUCAACACACCGGUCAGCGCUCCAGAAUAAGUCUGUUUCUAUGUUCAUACAUGUGCAGUUUGUUGCGCUCAGUGGUCAGAUUUUUAUGCGCACUAUUCCUUUAACAUGGCAACCGGAUGGCGGAACCUCAGUGACAGUCAGCUGACCUGACGUCCUUUUUUAUUAUCCAUUUUAAAUCCAGUUUUUAGUCAUUGUUCAUCACAGCUGAAGACACUCUGAGCUGCACGUGUCUGUGUGAUCCGUCUUCCAAUAAUGAGUCAAUCGCAGUGCAGAGCGUUCAUCAGUGUGGGAUGUUUAGAACCAGCAGGUGUGUUCCAGCUUUCAUUUUUAAAGUUUUGUGUAAAAAUACUGAGACAGAAACAUUAUCCACACCUUUGUCCCUGUUUUUUAAAAUGAUUUUCUGUGGAAGAACAGAGACACUAAAACAUCAAACCACUAAAUAUUCUGCUGUAAAGUUUAUUUUUUAACAUUUUAAACAGUACAAUGAAUUAGUGCAGGGAAAUAUAUGGACCUGUCUUUUACUCUCUGUCCCUGUUUUAUUUUUUUUUUCCAAAUUAUGAAAUUCAGUCAAAGUGUUAGUGUUUAUUCUGUGAAUAUUUUACACUUUGAUCUCCUGAGACAAUAAAUCUUGUAAAUGAAAGGGAAAGAAAAAUCACCCUCAGUCCUACUCAGAUUUAGAUGAACUGCACUCAACAAAGCAAGAUCUCUGCAGAAUAGUUUUUUUUUGUUUGUUUUUUCCAGCAGAUGUCACAGAUGUCAAUGUUUAAACAUGAUUUUAAAACACCAAAUUACAAAUAACACAGUAGUGAGGAGUUAUUUGAGUGGAAGUAGUGAUGUUUGACUAUCUGUCGUUACUAUUCUUGGUGAAGGAGGUUAAUGAUCAAAUGAAUUAUUUCUGUUCAGGCUGUUUCUUGGCCUGGUUUUUACUGAAACUGUAAUGACUUUCAGUCUCCAGCAGAUGCCGUUGUUUGUUUGGUGUUUUUGCUGCAGCUCGGUUUCUGUAAAGUUUAAUCACGGCGAGAAGACUUGGAAUAAGGUGACAAGACAUACCCUGUCCACAUGUCUCUCUAGUCUGACCUCCUAUGGACCAGUCAGUGUGUUAUUCCAUCACUUUAAAGGAAGAAUCCACUUAAACAGUUUUCCUUCCUGUGGGUAACUGGCUGUGAUGAGGCUAAAAAAAGAUUUUGUCUAAAACAUCAGACCUUCAUUUGAAGCAGCCUGACAUCAGAGACAGGCCUUUGUUUCAUACAUAUGCUUCUUAAAGUUCAAGCAUGUGUGUGUUUUUAUUGUUUUAUAGUCUUGAACUUUUGCAGUUGUCAAGAGAACGCGUUUUAAGUUGUUUCGACUUCACUGUCCUUUCAGUCCUCACACUCUGUCUGUGGCUGUUUCUCCAUGUUCAUCUCUUCAGUUUGUAGUUAUACCAAACUCUGCUUUCUGUUUCACCGAAUUUAACCCUCGCCCUAAUCAGUGUGUAUUUUCUAAUUUCAUGUUUUAUGAAGAAAAUUAUGGUGUUUUAUCAAAUCUAAAUACUGUCUGACUGUGUGAUCAUGUGAGAAAACAGUGACCAGCUGAUCAUUAUCCUGCCUGCAUAGUUUAAAUGUUAAAGCGUUAUAAUUGAAUUAACUGAAUGUUUAGUGUUUAUUGAUAAGAAUCUCAAGGAACCCUUCACCCAGGUGUGAUGGCUUUUGUGGUAAUUAUGGACCAGAAGUAUUUGAAUUUGCUUGAGGUCAAACUUAGUUUGACACUUGAGUGAAGUGAAAAUAUGAGACUUGCAUUGAAUGAUAGGACAAGUUUUAUUGAUGUUUUGGUUUGAGACAGUUUCACAUUUGUGAAACCUUUAUUCUAUUUUUGAAUGCACAUCACAAUUUUUUUUCCACAUCAGAUGAGGUCUAGAUCAAAAACCACUACAUCCAGACUUAGCUUUGGACCAGUUUAACAGGGAGCGUGCACAUCGCAUCUUUAAGUGGUCACAGAUUUAUUCUUCUCUGUUUUUGUUUGAUUCAAAAACUAAAAUCAAAAAUUUUACAAAAUGAAAAGAGCAGGCAUGAAUUAAAGGAAACGUAUACGGCCAAGCAAAACCAGUGUUUAAUUAAGAAAAUCAUGAGAUUUAACCGAAUUAUGAGAAGUUAAAGACACAGCUUUGACACAGGAGUGAUGUGCACUUGGUGUUUUCAGUUGAAUGUGACCUGGUUCUGACUGAGGGUGUUAAGGUGAAGAAAGAUUUUGAAUCAUCUGUAAAACAAGAAACAUGACAUCACCUGUCACAGGUUAACACCACACAAUCAAACAUCAGGAGACUGUAUUCAAGGUCCAAACAGUUAAUGAUGCGCCAGGAAAUCAGGAUUUUCAUUCAUCUUCUGCCUUUGUUUGUAUUACAUUUACAUUUAUAAAAAUGGAAACAAAUUUAUCAGUCAAAAAAAUCUUAACAAAUUACCGAUUACACUGGAAAUGAGUGAAAAUCUUUUUUUAAAUAAAUAUUUUAUUAU